GCCGAUUGUCCGAUACACAGCUCAGGUGGGACUUGGUCUUGCUUGCCCCCGCAAUUUUGCUUCUUCUACGCCAAUAGCAGCCAUUUCGUUCCAAGUCAAACAUUUGGGUUCUCUGGAACAAGCAAAAAGGGGGAAAUUUUUUUUUUUUUUUCGCUUUUCCAAAACGUAAAUUUGAAAAGGAAUGAAGUAGAAUGGUCAAACAUUGGCGAUAGCACUGGUCAAUGGUUGAUAAACCCCCCUCUCUCUCUUGCUGGGUCUUCCAAUUCUGUAAAAGGAGCUUCCUGGUCUGAUCUAAAGGUGAAUUUUGUCGAAUAAUUCUCGUCUCUGCUGUUUCCAAGGUUUCUUUCCAAGCUUGGCUGAGAAAUAAAUGGCGCAACGUUCUCAUGUGCCGAAAUUUGGCAAUUGGGAAACUGAAAAUGUUCCUUAUACAGCUUUCUUUGACAAGGCUCGGCAAGAUCGAACUGGCACGAAGAUGACGAAUCCAAAUGAUCCAGAGGAAAAUCCUGAUUUAGCCCCUCACAAUUCAUCUUCUUCUGACCAACAUCCUUCAAAACCCAGAGCUGAUUUAAAGGAGCCAGCUGGAAAGAGAUCAACAAGAUCCUCACUUGAGGUACAGAGGAGCAUGGACAGCAAUCCUAAUAAUUCCUUUGGCUCUCCAGCUCGUUCUGGAGGCCAUGGAGGAGGAUCUGCUGAUACCCGCAGAAAACCAAGACAAAGUGCUGGGUCUGAAUACAGCUUUGAACGUUCACCCCUCCAUCGACAGGCAAGGACCCCAAGCAGAGAUAGUCCCUCUUGGGAAGGAAAGAACUCCUAUGAAAACAGCCACGGUACCCCAGGAAGAUCCCGACUAAAACCAGUUAAUCGAGGCGAUGAAACUCCUGAUAGAGGUGCUGCUGUUCCCAAGUUUGGUGAUUGGGAUGAGAGAGAUCCGGCCUCAGCUGAUGGAUAUACACACAUUUUCAACAAGGUGCGAGAGGAGAGACAAGGUGGAGCUGGAAAUGCGCCAGGCACACCAACAAACAGACCAUAUGUUGUCCGGAAUAAAGAUGAUGACGACAGAGCCCAGAGUUGCUGCUUUGGAUGGUGCAAAAAAUGAUUUCUUGGCAAAGUGUGGAUGAGAUUCUAAACAGAGAGAGAAUCUGACAAUAUUGUUGUGAAUGAUCAUGAGAUGUGUAGCACUUGUAAAUAUCCAAGGCUAUCACUGCGGAAAACAUCAUUAAAGAGAGUUCAGUUUCUCUUCAGGUGCUUUCUUUACUGUCAUCUUCAGGUGCAUGCAAAGUAUUAGUGUUUUGCUUAACUCUGUGUGCAUCCCUUCACAAACGUUAGAGGCUCGUACUUUAAGGGCUGUUUUCACAGGUUCAAUGUUAAAUUCUAGUACUUUGAUUGCACCUGGCCAAGAUAGGACUCAAGCACCUGGAGAGAAGCUAAACAUAGUAUAUUUGAUCAUAUUUCUUUACUACUUAUGUUUUUUUACAUACCUUUUCUUUUCCAUUUGGUCAGCCAAGUUACUUUGAGCUCAAGAUUGUGAAUGUUCUUUCAAGUUUUUAACUUACCUUUUGUUGUGUAACUGCCAUGUUUUGAAAUUUGUUUUUAUCUGUAUCUAGUAUUCUAGUUAAGAUGUUUUAAAAAAAUGUGGGUAAUGUAAUUCUUUACUGAUAAAUUGGUAUAUGAUGCUUGGGAUUUGAAUGUAGUGCUGCGACGGGUUUUUUCAUUUAAA